AUGGCCAUUCGGUUUAUCAGUAACUCGGACACAGUUGAUGAUGGAUUCCAAGCUUCCUACACUUCAGGUAUUCACAAAUCAGGCAAUAUGAUAGAUCUUGAAAAGGUUGAAUGGGUUGGAUUGUUGGAAGAUUAUGUGCAGAAGCUAUACGGACCAACAGGCAAUUUCCUUAGCCCUAACUUCCCAGAAAAUUACUACAGCAACGCAGAAAUAACAUGGUUGAUCACGAUGUCACCAGAUGAAGCUGUCUUAUUGUCCUUGCAUGACUGUGAUUUAGAGCAAAAUUUUGAUUUUGUUCGUGUGUAUGAUGGUCCUGAUGCCAGCUCAAGUCUAAUAGCCAGUUUGACAGGAGAUAUCAUCCCAUACCCCUUCCGGUCCACUGAUCGCUUCAUGACAGUUGUAUUCAGAAGUGACUACAGCUUCACUCAGACUGGAUUUAACGCUACCUACUCACCGACUGAGCCAGGAAACUACAGCGGGGAGCAAGGAACCAUAUUUAGUCCCAACUAUCCACAGUUCUAUUUCGACUUCGCCGAUGUUAUAUGGAUCAUUGAAGUAGAUCAAUCUUAUUAUGUUAAUAUCAGAUUCGAAGAGUUUGAUGUUGAAGAUGAUUGGGACUUUCUAGAUGUAUAUGAUGGAUCUAAUAUUGCAACUGCACCACUAAUUGCACAGUAA